AUUAUAGUGUUUGUUACUUGGCCUAUAAUAUCAUGAAUAUGUUUAGCGUAUUUCUUCUUCUCGAGUGAAGUAGCUUAUUCUUUCUCUGUACACUAAGGAGUCAGACUAUGUUUAGUUCUCAUUUAUGUUUGUGCUAUGUGAGUUCUAGCUAGGAAGCAAAUACCGCAAAGGGUUAACAGGGCAGCCGCUGGUAAAAAAGGAGAUGGUACUAAAGCGGCAGGCUCUUAGACGCUACUAGUGCAAUGACUAGUCUUAAUUAGGGCUAUGCAAAUUUCGGUUCAAACCAUUAACCCGAAUCGAUAAUUACUUUAUCGGGUAAACGGGUCGUUUUUUUUCAUUAUUGAAUCAGUUGUCGGUUCAACAAUUUCCACUAACGGGUUAUCGGUUCGGGCCUAGGGUUUCCUUAAUUUUUAUCGGGUCACCCGAUAACCCGAUAAAAAAUGCAUAGUUGCACACUACAUCCAAUACUUAGGGCUUACCCGUCUACCGGCCCAACCCAAAACUCUGAAGGCCCAAUUUCCAAACGGCCCAACCCGUAUUACUACUUAGAGACUUAGCAACUUUACUUAGGCUUAGGGUUUCAUUUCAUUCAUGUUCAUCUUCUUUUAGUUUUCAAUUUUCACAUCGGUUCGAAGACAUCGCAAUCAGCCUCUCUCGAGUCUCGACUCUCAGUCAGUCAGUCUCUCUCAGUAUUCAAACUUCAAAGUCUAUUUUUGCUGAAACAUCAGUAUUCAAGCUUGAUUUUGCUGAAAACUGAAGAGACCCAAGUCGAUUUUUGCUUUUGCUCUCAGCAGUCAACAGCAUAUAGAGAAAACAAAGCAUGGCAGAGCGAAUUCUCAGCUUGGGAGUCCUCAUAGAUAUUGUGGAUGAAGAAUGGAUGCGAGAUACUCUGCCCGCUGAUGAUCUCCCUUUACCACCUGUACUACUUCCAAAGACAGAUGACAACGAAGACUCAAAGAUCAGGAACACUUGCACAUGGAUGUAAUUUAGAUAUUUCCUGGUGUGCUCACAUUCUAUUGAGUUUUGAUAUCAGGAAUCUUACAUUCAAUCAAGAGGCUCCACAAGUUGGAGAUACAUGGCACGACCUUGCAUUGGAAAAUCAACGACAUUAAUGAUCAACCUCGUGUGUUUGAUUUGCAACCAUUAUAGUCAUAUAUAUUUGUUGGUCAUGUACUUGAUUAGCAUUGAUGGUUGUUUGAAAACUAACUUCGACUGUUCUUUCUUUUGAUAUGUUGGUCUGUUGUCUGUUAGUCUAGUGGUGUGAGUGCAGCAGCAUGUAAUGUGUGGGUCAGCACACAUCAUUGAGUUUGAACCUUACUGCAUACAAAUAUUCGGUAUGUAAGUGGAGAAAGGUUAAGAGGGUCGGGACACCUUGGCGCCAUUGAUCCUAGUUGUCUUGGCAAUCUGUGCUCUCCAAAUGGAAUAGAUUCAGGGAAUGCUAGCAUGUUAGCGGAUGUUAAGGUCAUUCCUACUCAUAGUUUAUACCAAAUUGAGUUGUCUUUGUUUAAUUUAGUAGUUUAAUCUCGAAAUAAUUUGUUCCCAAUCAAA